CCGACAAUGACGGACCCUUUCAAUUUCAGUCUUUGGGAUAAAGGGAAAGGUCUGAACAGAGCAACCAGCCUGAAUGUUGGGAAGACGCCGAGUGAGGUCAAGCGGAAGGUGGGGAGGGUCCAUGAGCUGAGGGGGACGGGGCCGGGGCCGGUGAAGUCGAGUAUCGAUGAUUUGCUUGGUCUGUUUGAUGCGCCGGACGCGGUGCGGGCUAUACCGCCAAUCGAGAUCAGGAGGGAGUUGACGCCGACACACGCACCCACUUUGUCGGCGAACGCGGAGAGUGCAGUGAGUCAGGCCGAGGAUGAUGAUGACGAAUUUGGAGAGUUCGUGGAUAGUCCAGUGAUAUCGCAAGGAUCGACCUUUACGUCUCCCGUGGUGCUGGCGGGUGCAACAUUCCCUCCACGUCAGUUUCUUCCUCCGACGAAUCCUACGCAGCCAUUCCAAUCCCCACUACAAUCAUCGCGUCAUACAGCCCUCGACAGGCUGUCUCAGCUACAUGAGACACAGCCGUCUUCAUUCGACCUUCUCGGCACGUCCCCAGUCUCCACCUUCACCGGCCCCGCGAAGGCAUCGGCAUCAGCGUCGGCAGUCACAAAGCAAGCACCGGAUCUCGCCAUCGCCGUGCCUCAAACCACUACCGUCGUGGAUGACGACAACGAUGAUUUCGGCGACUUUAUCUCCACCCCAACCACCCCCACAGCCCCUCCCCUCCCUUCCUCUUCAUCGCCGCACGCUCCGGCCCCAACCCAAAUCCCACCCGCCCACAUCUUACUCCCCCUCCUCUUCCGCACCAUCCUGUUCCUCCCAUCCUCCUUUUUCGCCUCCCUAGCAAAACUGCCGUACCCCCUCCGCCGUCGCGUCCUCGCCGAUCCACGGACGAAACGGUAUUUCUCGGCACUUGUCGAGGGCGCACGGAUUGCUGCACGGAUCGUGGCAGGGAGGUAUCGGUAUUGGUAUCAUACACAUUCCUCAAACGAGACUGUAGGAGGGAGUAGUCGGGGUAGGGAGAGGGAGAGGGAUAGGCGGGAGGAGAGGGAUUUGGCGGAUUUGGAGGCAAGGAGGGUGAAGGCGGAGUGGGAUCGGAUGAGGCCUCGGUUGCGGGCUGUGAUUGGUGGGAUGGGACUCGUGCUGCCCGACAUCCAAGCAGAGAAUAUCGUUGGAGACUUGAACGUUAAGGGGAAGAACCGACCUGCGGCGGUGGUGGAGGUGUGUGCGGUGUGUGGUCUGGGCAAGAGGGAGAUAUUGGCGGGGAUCGAAGGCGAUGGAAGGGGCGCGGGGUCGGGAGGAGAAUGGAGGGAAUAUGAAGGUGUUAUGGGACAUGCUGGUUGUGUGAAUUGGUGGGUGAGGGUGAGGAACGAAGUCUAGGGAAGAUGGUAUAGUUUGAGAGGCAGGCAACGGUAUACGAGUUCCAGUGGGUUGCACUGCGGGUCAGCGUGGGAAUUCCGUCUACGAAGAGCAUGUAACAUAUGAGGCACUUGAAAGGGAACC